CAGCUUACACACACAGCUAACGCACAGACAGCAUCAGGACCUGCGUAGCAGGAAAUGUGAUUAUAUUUGCAUAUUGACGAUGUAACCUAUAAAAAUAAACGAAUACUGCAGUUCGGUGUGAUUUGCUCUGAGCUUUUCACCCGUGCAGCACGUUAACCUACACAAGUGUCUCAUUGUUGUUUAUUCACCUGACUGUUUGUUAACUGUAAAUCUCUGACAUUUAAUUGGUCCUUCGAAGCCGUUAAUGGACUGGUAUUAAUGAUAAUAUUAUGCUCCAUUUCACAGUGGUAUCCUUCCUCAAGUCCCGACGCCGUGACAAGCCUGCGUCGAAGUCUCUGCAGAGCGCCCUCUAGGAAGGGUUGAAAGUCCAGGGACGCUAAAUUCGGGUCCUGGCCGACGUCAUACAGGCCCACGGCGCUGGGGCUUGAAAAAAGGACGCCCGACAGACCGGCAACAGCGAAGCCAGCCCAACUGUGAUCCAAUCAGCAUUCGGCUGACACACAAGUGAGCUGUGUCCAGUGACCUGCAGCUGGAUUUUGGACGAAGGCACAGGAGAACAUCUGUGCUCGCUGAUGGAAGCUGGAAAAUUUAAAUUCUGCACCUACAGAGAGGAUAAACUCCAGGACGCCUAACUGAGAGGACGUGUGAUAGGAGAAAAAAUUUCCUGACAGAGAAUAAAGAGGAGUCAUGCAAGCAUUUUUGAAAGGAGCAACAGGUCAGGCAGCCAGGCCUCAGAAAGAUAAGGCAGUGGCUGGACCCAGUGCAGAGAAGAAAGCCAAGGCUGUUCCUUGGGUAGAAAAGUAAGGUUGUCCAGCUGUUCUUCCUGUUAGAACUCCAUCAUCCCAAAUCUGAGGGACAUGCGUCUUCUUUUGGACCAAAGAAACUUUCAACCUGUCAGAUCAGAUGUCUUCUAGAAGGAAACCUGUGAAUGCCACAGCAUUUCUGAUAAUAGUGAUGACAGUCUUCAGUGGUCUCAGCCUCACAUGUCAUCCAGCAGAGUAUCAGAUUGGAAACGAAUGCUGUCCAAAGUGUCCUCCAGGAAGUCGAGUGAAAACACACUGUAAGGAGUACAGCAGCACGUCCUGUGCUCCCUGCAUGGGUGGAACCUACACUGAUCAACAAAAUGGUCUAGAACGAUGUCUUUCCUGUACAAACUGUGACUCAGGUUCAGGACUGAGGGUAAAAACACCGUGUACAUCAACAUCAGAUACAGUCUGUGAACCACUGGAGAGGUUCUACUGUGUUUCCUAUGAGAAAGACAGCUGUGGAAGAGCACAGGAACACAGACACUGUAAACCAGGACAGUACAUCAGACAGAAUGGCACAGCCUCCACAGACACUGAGUGCUCUGACUGCAGCAGUGGAACAUUUUCAAAUGGAACAUUUCACUCCUGUCAGCCACACACACAAUGUCACUCACUCAACCUUCAGCUGAUAACAGAAGGAACACUUGCAGCUGACAAUCAGUGUGGAGAAAAAAGCAAUCAUGUGACCCCGACUAUCACCGUGAUUGUCUUAAUUAUUGUAGGACUAGUAUUAGUGUUAUUAGUAUUAUUAGUAUUAUUAUGCUUAAAAAAGAAGGGGAUUGUAUUUAAAUCCAGAAACAGAAAGAACAGCACAUUAAGCUCUCCAAAAGGAGAACAAGCAGAACUCCAUAUGCAAAGUCAAAGAGGGAAACCGAGUGAAGAUAAAGAGAAAGAAAAUGGUCUCCUCCCCCCAGAAUAACUGGUAAAUGGACUGGUCCGUACAUGGUGCUUUUCUACCUGAGCACUAAGAGUGCUUAUACAACAACAUGCCUUAUUCACACGAGCGCUUUUUUUCCUAAGCUUAAACGUUUUCUAGCAUUCACAUUCCAGAGAAGCAGCUUGGAGUUCAGUAUCAAAAGACUUGUAGGCAUGCAGACCGGAGCAGCCGGGCUUCAAACCACCAACCUUCCACUUAGUAGAUGACCCUCCACCUCCUGUGAUACAGACACAUAAACAUGUCCUGUUCUGAUGCAGCUGGAUGCUGACACGUUGUGUUUGCAGUGGACAGAAAUCAAACAUCUGGAUCAUCAUGUCACUGCACUCACACUGAAACCUGCAGUGCUCCUGCUGACACACUCUUGGUCAUGUGACUGUACACACAGACUCACACAGAGCUCAAAGCAGGAAGUGGAACAGACUGAAAAUGGACUCAUGGGAUAUUUACUGAAUAUAAUUUAAUUGUUUAAAAUAAAUUUAAACUUAAAAAAGAUAAGUUAAAAAAAUAAUUCCAGAAGAGUGUGUGUUGGGAUCGUUUUUUAUGAUAUCUGUACAAAAUUAAACUUUGAUAAUUGUAUGUAUGCAGGAGCAGCAGUAAUGACAGAUACAUCGUUUUAGGAGCGAUACACUUUCCUGUUAUCGGGCCUGUGAUGUGUCUUAAUGUCUGGAACAAUUUUUUUCUAGUGGCACAAAUCAUUUGUGUGCUAUCUUAUUGUACAUGUACCUGAUUGUUGUGGAGACACUUUGAAGUAUUUGUGCAGAUAAUACC